AUUCAGGGGUGUUUGUGCUCCGGGGAAACCCCGGAAUUCCGGGGAUUUUGAACUUUGAUCCCCGGAAUUUCCGGGGAUCGUCGUUCAAAAGGAAGUAGGAAUAAUAAUGAAUUAUUUAUUUUGAUCUGGGUAAUUUUGUUUGCUUUGAAAGCAGAGUCAGUGUGUGUGGUGAAAACUUUUCCUUUCUUUCUCCAAAGGCAGUGAUAAUGCGUGAAAAGGGGGAAAAAACUUCUUUUUUGUUCUUUCCUUAUUGCGAGUUAUGACUCAUUCCCCCGGUUCUCGGACAUUCUCUUCUGGAUUCUUUUCGGCAAGUAGGCGCGGCAGAAAAAAAAGGGGGAGACUUCGUUCGACCAGAUGUGCGAUAACGUGACUCUGGGUUCAAAGGUCUUAUCUCUACUGGCGUGGCGCCAAUAAGUAGAGAAGGGGGAUUUUUCGCCGUAUUAGCUAUUUGUCAUUGAUCGCUUCGGAACUUUUUUUUCUUCGCUGUGUAAAAUUUUCGUUUCAUUUAUUGAUGCACGUGUAAAUUUUUCGUUUCGCUUAUUGAAAUAUUUUUUUAUUUAUGUACGCAAGAGAAUUUCAUUUAGAAAUUUCAGCAUAUGAAACAGAAAUUACCCCUUAAAAAUUCAUAUCUAAUUAGUUUUACAGCAUUAGAUCCAGAGCUAAGAGGUAAAACCAGUACAAUAUUAGCUUUUGAAAAAUUAUCAUCUUUUAUGUCCCAUAUUUUUAGUGAUAAUGAAAAGUCAAAAGUAGAAGCUGAAAGAAGGUUAUACCAGAGUGAUAUUGAUAUCACCAAAGAAAUGCCCUACACAUCUGAUGAAAGUGGAAAUCAAGUCAAGUGUACAAUUGAUAAAUAUUGGUCUAAAGUUUUUAAUUUAAAAGAUGAUUUCACAAAUGAUUAUAAGUAUCCUACAUUGGCUAAAUUGGUCAAAGCCUGCCUUAGCUGCUUCCAUGGCCCAUUAGUGGAAAGUGCAUUCAACUUAAUGGAUACACUUGUCACUGACUAUAGAACCUCUCUUAAGAUUGAUUCCCUAGAUGCAGUGCAGACUAUUAAAUAUGAUUUAAUGGCUUCUAAAGAAACCUCAUGUGAAAAAUAUGGCUCAAAAAAUCCAAUGACUGAUCCAAUUCACAAAGAUCUCUUACUGAAUAUGAACAGAAGUUGGAAAACAUAUCAAGAGGACUUAAAAACAUGUAUUUCAGAUGAGUCACCUAUAAAAGUCUCUGAAAAACCUUCUACAUUAGCAGAAAAGCAAACUGCUUCUACCUCUGCAUGUGCAGUUCUCGAGGAAAUUUCUUCAACUGUAAAUGAGGAAAAUAAAAGUCAACCUUCCUGCAAUUAUGAAGUUCACCACAAAAGAAAGACAAGCCCACAAACAUCAGAAAAUAAAAAAAAAAGCAGCAGAAAUUAGAUAAUUUUUUUAAAAGAUUUAAUUCAGGUAAUUUAAAAGAUUUGCAUAAAAUGUAGUAGUUUAUAUGUUUGAAAAUUUAUGGUUAUUAAUUUUGCAAAAAAAGUAAUUCAUUGAACUUUU